CAGUGGCGGAUUUAAAGGGGGUCAGGAGGGUCCUUCUAAGUCCGCCACUUAGAGCUUUGACCUGGUUUGGAAUUUAUAGGCAAACGUUACCGAUGACGUCAGAGCUAAAAAUAGUGCAGGGAAAUUCACAAGAUGGCUGACCAACGUUGAAGUCAGGCACUCGAACUACUUAUCAAAUUAUGUUUUUUCCAGCAGCUGUGGUAUUUCCCGCUGCUUUCAUGACAUUGUUAUUAAGUGGUAUAUAACUUCCUGAAUUGAAGGACAUCUUUAGUAACGGGAAGUAAGCAAGACCGUUCUCCGCAGCCUGUAAGCUGAUCGAUAGAAAAUUUUGGAUCAGAAGCUGUUGCUACAGUAACCGAGGACAGGUGAAAUAUGGAAGUUGUGCGACGCCAUAACCAGACAGUGUUAGAUUCCCUUGAGCCGGGAGACAUGAUAGAGUUUCACAGGCCGAUGUACUCCCACUGGGCCGUUUAUAUAGGUGAUGAGCAAGUGGUUCACCUUACUGGAGAAAAUGAUGGAAUUAAAGAUGGCAAAGGGGAUCCAGGGAAGUUCUGCAGCCCCUGUGGUGUACAAUUAAAGAAGGCUUUUGUUCGAGUUUCUCUCUUCUGGGAUGUGGCAGGGGAGAGUAAGGCUGUCAAAAACAAUGGAAAAGACCGCAAACACAGACCUUCUGGGUGUGAGGAGAUUGUGGAGAGGGCUCUGUCAAAGCUGGGAGAGAUCGGCUACAAUGUCCUCUGGAAAAACUGUGAACAUUUUGCAGCCUGGUGUAGAUAUGGAGUGGAGUGGAGUGAACAGGUAGACACUUUUUUGACAGGUGCUUGGGUUUUCUCUGCAGUUGUGGCAGGCAUUGCUAUACUGAUUGGCUUUGGGAGACAGAAGUACAAGCAGGGGAACAAGACAUGAUUCCAGAGAGCAAACACAUUUUGAUACUCAUGGCAGAUGAGAUCUGAUUCAGAAAGGAUAGGAUAUUGCUUCAUUUUAAUUGUUCACAAAUUUGAUUAAGUUAUAGUGACCCUGAUAACAAGGUCAGCAAAGAAAGCGUACUGCUUCAGCACCUGUUGCACCGAGCUUGUGACCACUAAGGGAACGAAUUUUGGCCCACUUUCACAAAAAAUCAACAAAUGAAAAGGCUGAAACAAAUGAUUAAUUUAUCAAUAUAUCAUAUGUAAUAUAUCAAUAAUAUAUCACUUAAUUAUAUCAAAAUGCUAUAUAUAAUAUAUCAAUAAUGUAUUGUUUAAUAAUGUCAGUAUAUAAUAUAUCAAUAACAUAUCAUUUAAAGGCCAUAAACAGUGAUGUAUGGAUCUGAUGUUGACUAAAAUGUCAAAGCCCGACUUUGAAGGGGAAAAGGGCAACAGCUCUUGACUAUAAUGCAAUACCGGGCAGUGCAAUUUUGUAGAAGUGAGAAAGUUAUAUUUGAUAAAAAUAAUUAGAUUUGAUAACAUUAUAUUUUGAAAGUGUCGAGUUUUUCAAUAACAUAUUGAGGAAGGAACGAAUAAAUCACUGAGCGAACAUAAUACGCCAGUAUGCAUUAA